UGGAUAAAAAAAUUUAUGCAGCCAAAUUCUUAACCCAAAAAUGCAUUAACCUUGAGAAAGAUCCCUUUUUUCAUUAAUCGCGAUUACAGUGACAAUUAUUCGAUAUAUUCGAUUAUUUGAAUUAAUCGAGCGAUUAACCGACGUCUCAGCUACGCUUGACACUGCGAAAAGCGCGCUUCAUUCAUCGAACAGCUUAAUUUAACGCGAGGAGAAAUUUUGCGCGAAGAUUUAUUCGCCGUGCGUCGUGAACAUUGUCGGUAUAGUUUGUCGUUAAAAUGAUGGAUUUACUGUCGUGGACACCGGAGUAUUUUUCUGCCAACGAAGCGGCAUGUGUUGCACACUUGAAUACACCCGAAGUGCGCGCCCAGAUCCCGCUUUUGAACUGCGCGCAGCUACACGACUUGCGUGAUAAUAUGCUCGUUCGCUUCCGCGGGAUGAUACAGGAUAUGCAGGAUCCUGAAUGCUAUCUUGAAAGCUAUGAGGUGCGAAAGAAAAACGAUGAUACAUUGGUUCGAGUUCAAAAUGGCAAGUAUCGUGAUGUAUUGGUGAUGAAUAGAGACCAAGAAUCGGUUGAUUUUAAAUCUCCAAGUAAUAAGUACGGUGAGCGACGUUCGAUGUUUGUCAUUUCGAUCCCGGGCUUCAAUAAAUGGGCUAUCGAAUGUGAACAAAAAAUGUGCCCAAAUGUAGGUGAAAAGCUUCAGGAUAAAUCUGUUGUAACUAGCAACGCUAAACGGCCACAUGAGGAAGAAAUGGAGACGGAUAAUGUUAGUGAGAAUGAGCAUGUUUUCAAGAAGCCAAUGUUGCCUAGCGAGCCCUCGGAAGGUUCUUCUAAAGCAAUUACUCCCAAGGAGUGUAAACACGCUUUGCUUUCAGCACAGUAUUUGCUGAAUUCACCCAUUUCUGAGAGGCCCAGUAAAGCCUGCUUAGUUAAACUUUACACAGAUAUUGACGAAUCAACCCUCAACACUGUCGUUGAUAUUGUUGGCUUCCUAUCGGUGGACCCUGCGUUGGACGGUAGUACCGAUCAAGUAGAAGAUUUCGACGAUGAAAUGACUGAGCAUCAGGCAACACAUCCCCCUCCUUCGCUUAUUCCGCGGAUCCACAGCAUUAGCAUUCAGAAGCUUCACCAUAUUAAUCCUCUUAUCCAGAAUUCAAGCGAGGCUCAAUUGGAUAAUAUUGACAUCUGGAGGGAUAUUCAUAAUCUUAUGACGCAGUGUCUGUUUGGAGACAAAGUUGCAGCUGAUUAUUUACUGUGUCACUUGAUAUCGACGGUGUAUGUUAGGAAUGAUGUUGAAUCACUGGGUCAGUUCAGUCUCAAUAUAAGCAACAUUCCGGCCGAUGUUUUGCCCAUCUACACACAGGCAUUUUACGAAAUAUUGGAACUGCUGUUACCUGCUAGCCAUUAUUUCCCGAUGACGUUAGAGAAUAUGAACACAGUGCAGUUCGUACCCAAAAAAGAUUAUACAACAAACAAACUAACGAGUGGAUUACUUCAGCUGGCUCCGCACACUCACUUGGUAUUGGACGAAACGAGAUUACAAACAGGAAAACUAGAGAGCAGUGGCGUGGAAGCAGUCCAAUCUGUAGCCCAUCUCAUUCGAACCCAAAAACUGAAAUACGAUUUCAAGUUUUAUCAUCUCGAAUUCAACUCUGAUGUUCCAACAUUGGUUCUGAGCGAAGGCAAAAGCAUGCUUCCUACCAACUGUUACCUACCGUUGAUUCCCGACUUGGACGCAACGAAGCUCAUCGAGGAAACAAUCAAGGCCGGCAAACACUACAUUCAGCCCAAGCUUGAUGCGAUGCGAAAGUUUCUGACGAUGCAGCGGAUCCAGGAGUUCGAUAUGAAAUCGUUCGAUCCGGCAAUUGUUCAGGACGAAUUCGUACGGAUGCGUCGGCAGUGCGAUGCAUCUUCGGAUGACCUGCAUUCGCUGCUGGUACUGGCUCGCUUGAUUGGUCUCUGCCGGGGGAAGAAGAUGCUCGACCAGGACAGUUGGGAUCACGCCAGACUGUUAGAGGAAGAGCGAAGAAAUCGGGUGGAGAUGUUCACCAAGCGCAAGUCUGAAAUGUAAAAUUGCUUUGUGUUUUUUGUUUUUUCUUUAACUAUUGUAUUUAAUUUGGUAAUUUUAUUAAUAAAAUUAUUGUUCUUUUUA